AUGGCGGGCCGUUACCCUUAUUCCGGUCCGGGAAGCAGCAGCCAGCAGCAGCAGCAUGCGCUACCUCCGAAUUCCGAAGCGGCGUUGGAGGAGAAGGCGAGGAAAUGGCAGCAGCUGAACCAGAAGCGGUACGCGGAGAAGCGGCGGUUCGGGUACGUGGAGCACCAAAAGGAGGACAUGCCGCCGGAGCACGUGCGCAAGAUCGUGCGCGAUCACGGCGACAUGAGCUCGCGCAAAUUUCGCCGCGAUAAGCGCGUGUACCUUGGCGCGCUCAAGUUCGUGCCGCAUGCGGUGCUGAAGCUUCUGGAGAACAUGCCGAUGCCGUGGGAGCAGGUGCGGCACGUGAAGGUGCUGUACCACAUAACGGGCGCCAUCACGUUCGUGAACGAGACGCCGCUGGUGAUACCGUCCGUGUACAUGGCGCAGUGGGGCACCAUGUGGAUCAUGAUGCGCCGCGAGAAGCGCGAUCGCCGCCACUUCAAGCGUAUGCGCUUUCCGCCCUUCGACGACGAAGAGCCGCCGUUGGAUUACGCCGAGAACGUGCUCCACGUGGACCCUCUGGAUGCCGUCCAAUUGGAGCUCGACGAGGAGGAGGACUCGGCGGUCUACGAUUGGUUCUACGACUCCAAGCCGCUUGUCAACACGCGAUUGGUCAACGGGCCGAGCUACCGCAAGUGGGAGCUGAGCGUCCCGAUCCAAGCAACCCUCUUCCGCUUAGCGGGUCAGCUUCUAUCGGAUUUGAUCGACGAGAACUACUUCUAUCUCUUCGAUCUCAACUCGUUCUUCACGGCAAAGGCGCUCAACAUGUGCAUCCCGGGCGGGCCCAAGUUCGAGCCGCUGUUCCGCGAGAAGCCCGAGGCCGAGGAGGAUUGGAACGAGUUCAACGACAUCGGCAAGCUGAUCAUCCGCACGCCCAUCCGCACCGAGUACCGCAUUGCGUUCCCCUGGCUCUACAACUCCCGCCCGCGCAAGGUCGCCGUGCAGGCCUACCACACGCCGCAGGUGAUGUACAUCAAGUCAGAGGACCCGGACCUGCCCGCCUUCUACUACGACCCGCUCAUCCACCCAAUCCCGCACUACCGAUCCGAGUCCCGAGCCUCGCGCGCAGCCCUGGAAGAAGAACUGGAGGAGGAGGAGUGGACGCUCCCCGAGGGCGUCGAGCCGCUCCUCUCCUCCACGCCUCUUUACACCGACGCCACAGCAGCCGGCAUUGCACUGCUCUGGGCACCGUAUCCCUUCAACCGGCGGUCGGGGCGGACGCGGCGGGCCGAGGAUAUCCCGCUGGUGGCGGGGUGGUUCAAGGAGCACUGCCCUCCCAACCACCCUGUGAAGGUGCGCGUGAGUUACCAGAAGCUGCUGAAGCUGUGGGUGCUGAACGAGCUGCACAAGCGGCCGCCCAAGUCGCACAAGAAGAGGGAUUUGUUCCGCGCGCUGAAGCAGACCAAGUUCUUCCAGUCCACGGAGUUGGACUGGGUGGAGGCCGGUUUGCAGGUGUGCCGGCAGGGCCACAACAUGCUCAACCUGCUGAUUCACCGCAAGAGCCUGCACUACCUGCAUCUGGAUUACAACUUCAAUCUCAAGCCAGUCAAGACUCUCACCACCAAGGAGCGGAAGAAGUCCCGAUUCGGCAACGCUUUCCAUUUAUGUCGGGAGAUCCUCCGGCUGACGAAGCUGGUGGUGGACGCGCACGUGCAGUACCGGCUGGGGAACGUGGACGCGUUUCAACUCGCGGACGGGCUGCAGUACAUCUUCUCCCACGUGGGGCAGCUGACGGGCAUGUACCGGUACAAGUACCGGCUGAUGCGGCAGGUGCGCAUGUGCAAGGACCUGAAGCACCUCAUCUACUACCGCUUCAACACGGGCCCGGUGGGCAAGGGGCCGGGGUGCGGGUUCUGGGCGCCCGUGUGGCGCGUGUGGCUCUUCUUCCUCCGCGGGAUCGUUCCGCUGCUGGAGCGGUGGCUGGGGAACCUGCUCGCGAGGCAGUUCGAGGGGCGGGCGAGCAAGGGCGUGGCGAAGACGCUCACCAAGCAGCGCGUGGAGAGCCACUAUGAUCUCGAGCUUCGUGCAGCCGUGAUGCACGACAUCCUCGACAUGAUGCCCGAGGGCGUCAAGCAGAACAAGUCGCGCACCAUCCUGCAGCAUCUCUCGGAAGCGUGGCGCUGCUGGAAGGCCAACAUCCCCUGGAAGGUCCCCGGACUGCCGGCGCCGAUCGAGAGCAUGAUCCUGCGGUAUGUGAAGAUGAAGGCGGACUGGUGGACCAACGUGGCGCACUACAACAGGGAGCGCAUCCGCCGCGGGGCCACGGUGGACAAGACGGUUUCGAGGAAGAACCUGGGGCGGCUGACGCGGCUGUGGCUCAAGGCGGAGCAGGAGCGGCAGCACAACUACCUCAAGGACGGCCCGUACCUCUCUCCGGAAGAGGCUGUCGCGAUCUACACCACCACUGUUCACUGGCUGGAGUCGCGCAAGUUCCAGCCCAUCCCGUUCCCUCCUCUCUCCUACAAGCACGACACGAAGCUGCUGAUCCUGGCGCUGGAGCGGCUGAAGGAGCCGUACAGUGCGAGCGUGCGGCUGAACCAGCAGCAGCGCGAGGAGCUGGGGCUCAUCGAGCAGGCGUACGACAACCCGCAUGAGGCGCUCUCCCGCAUCAAGCGCCACCUGCUCACCCAGCGCGCCUUCAAGGAGGUCGGCAUCGCCUUCUUCGACCUGUACACGCACCUCGUCCCUGUGUACGACAUUGAGCCGCUGGAGAAGAUCACAGACGCGUACCUGGAUAACUAUCUGUGGUACGAGGCGGAUAAGAGGCGGCUGUUUCCCAACUGGGUGAAGCCGGCUGACACGGAGCCGCCGCCGCUGCUGGUGUACAAGUGGUGCCAGGGCAUCAACAACCUGCACAACGUGUGGGAGACGGAGGACGGGCAGUGCGUCGUGCUGCUGCAGUCGCGCUUCGAGAAGCUCUUCGAGAAGGUGGACCUGACGCUGCUGAACCGGCUGCUGCGGCUCAUCUGCGACCACAACCUGGCUGACUACAUGACGGCCAAGAACAACGUGGUGCUGAGCUUCAAGGACAUGUCCCACACCAACACGUACGGGCUGGUGCGCGGGCUGCAGUUCGCGUCCUUCAUCACGCAGUACUACGGGCUCGUGCUGGAUCUCCUGCUGCUCGGCCUCACCCGCGCGAGCGAGAUCGCCGGCCCGCCGCAGCUCCCGAACGAGUUCCUGACCUUCCGGGAGGUGAAGACGGAGACGCGGCACCCGAUCCGGCUGUACUCGCGGUACAUCGACCGGUUCCACAUGCUGUUUGUCUUCACGCACGAGGAGGCGCGGGACCUCAUUCAGCGGUAUCUCACGGAGCAUCCCGACCCGAACAACGAGAACAUGGUGGGGUACAACAACAAGAAGUGCUGGCCGCGGGACGCGCGCAUGCGGCUCAUGAAGCACGAUGUCAACCUGGGAAGGGCGACGUUCUGGGAGGUGAAGAACCGGCUGCCGAGGAGUUUGACGACGCUGGAGUGGGAGGAGAGUUUCGUUUCGGUGUAUUCCAAGGACAACCCGAACCUGCUCUUCAGCAUGUCCGGGUUCGAGGUCCGGAUCCUGCCGCACGUGCGCAUGUCGGCUCGGGAGACGUUCGGGCAGAAGGACGGCGUGUGGGCGCUGCAGAACGAGGCCACCAAGGAGCGCACGGCGCAGGCAUUCCUCCGCGUGGACGACGAGCAUCUCAAGCUCUUCGAGACGCGCGUGCGGCAGAUCCUCAUGUCGUCUGGCUCCACCACGUUCACGAAGAUCGCCAACAAGUGGAACACGGCGCUGAUCGGCCUCAUGACCUACUUCCGAGAGGCCACGGUGCACACAGAAGAGCUGCUGGACCUGCUGGUGAAGUGCGAGACCAAGAUCCAGACGCGCGUGAAGAUCGGGCUCAACUCCAAGAUGCCGUCGCGGUUCCCUCCCGUGGUGUUCUACUCGCCCAAGGAGCUGGGCGGGCUGGGCAUGCUGUCCAUGGGGCAUAUCCUGAUUCCGCAGAGUGACCGGCUGUACAGCAAGCAGACGGACAUUGGUGUGACACAUUUCCGCGCGGGGAUGAGCCACGAGGAGGGGGCGCUGAUUCCCAGCCUGUACCGGUAUAUCCAGCCAUGGGAGAGCGAGUUCGUGGAUAGUCAGAGGGUCUGGGCGGAGUAUGCGCUGAAGCGGAGCGAGGCGCAGGCGCAGAAUCGACGGCUGACGCUGGAGGAUCUGGAGGACUCGUGGGACCGGGGCAUUCCGAGGAUCAACACGCUGUUUCAGAAGGACAGGCACACGCUGGCGUACGACAAGGGGUGGCGCGUGCGAACGGGGUUCCAGCAGUACCAGUUCCCGAAGCAGAACCCCUUCUGGUGGACGCACCAGCGGCACGACGGCAAGCUGUGGAACCUCAACAACUACCGGACGGAUGUCAUUCAGGCGCUGGGAGGCGUGGAGGGUAUUCUGGAGCACACCCUGUUUAAAGGCACCUACUUCCCCACGUGGGAGGGUCUGUUCUGGGAGAAGGCGUCCGGGUUCGAGGAGUCGAUGAAGUACAAGAAGCUGACGAACGCGCAGCGGUCGGGGCUGAACCAGAUCCCGAACCGGCGGUUUGCGCUGUGGUGGUCGCCGACGAUCAACCGGGCGAACGUGUACGUGGGGUUCCAGGUUCAGCUGGACCUCACGGGCAUCUUCAUGCACGGCAAGAUCCCCACGCUCAAGAUCUCGCUCAUCCAGAUCUUCCGCGCGCAUCUGUGGCAGAAGGUGCACGAGAGCGUCGUCAUGGACAUCUGCCAGGUGCUGGAUCAGGAGCUCGACGCCCUCGAGAUCGAGACAGUCCAGAAGGAGACGAUCCACCCGCGCAAGUCCUACAAGAUGAACUCCUCGUGCGCCGACGUGCUGCUCUUCGCGGCCUACAAGUGGCCUGUCUCCAAGCCCUCCCUCGUGGCCGACUCCAAGGACGCCUUUGACCAGAAGGCCACCGACAAGUUCUGGAUCGACGUGCAGCUGCGCUGGGGCGACUACGACUCGCACGACAUCGAGCGGUACACGCGCGCCAAGUUCCUGGACUACACGACGGACAACAUGAGCCUGUACCCGUCGCCUGCAGGGGUGAUGAUCGGGAUUGACCUGGCGUACAACCUGUGGUCCAUCUAUGGCAACUGGAUCCCUGGCAUGAAGCCGCUGCUUGCGCAGGCGAUGGCAAAGAUCAUGAAGGCCAACCCAGCGCUCUACGUGCUGAGGGAGCGCAUCCGCAAGGGCCUGCAGCUCUACUCGUCCGAGCCCACCGAGCCGUACCUCUCGUCCCAGAACUACGGCGAGCUGUUCUCCAACCAGAUCAUCUGGUUCGUGGACGACACGAACGUGUACCGCGUCACCAUCCACAAGACCUUCGAGGGCAACCUCACCACCAAGCCCAUCAACGGCGCCAUCUUCAUCUUCAACCCGCGCACCGGCCAGCUCUUUCUAAAGAUCAUCCACACGUCCGUGUGGGCCGGGCAGAAGCGUCUUGGGCAGCUGGCGAAAUGGAAGACCGCGGAGGAAGUCGCAGCGCUGAUUCGAUCUCUGCCGGUGGAGGAGCAGCCGCGGCAGAUCAUUGUGACGAGGAAGGGCAUGCUGGAUCCUCUUGAGGUGCAUCUCCUCGAUUUCCCCAACAUUGUCAUCAAGGGGAGCGAGCUCCAGCUGCCCUUCCAGGCGUGCCUCAAGAUCGAGAAGUUUGGCGAUCUCAUUCUCAAGGCGACCGAGCCGCAGAUGCUGCUGUUCAACAUCUACGACGACUGGCUGCGCUCCAUCUCCUCCUACACCGCCUUCUCCCGCCUCAUCCUCAUCCUGAGGGCUCUCCAUGUGAACAACGAGAAGGCCCGUAUGCUGCUGCGCCCGGACAAGAGCGUGGUGACGCAGGCGCACCACGUGUGGCCCACGCUGACUGAUGAACAGUGGAUCCGCUGCGAGGUGGCGCUGAAAGAUCUGAUUCUCGCGGAUUACGCCAAGAAGAGCUCGGUGAAUGUGUCGGCGCUGACUCAGUCGGAGAUCCGGGAUAUUAUUCUCGGCGCGGAGAUCGCGCCGCCGUCCAUCCAGCGGCAGCAGAUCGCGGAGAUCGAGAAGCAGGCCAAGGAGGGCGGCGCGGGCGGUGCACAGCUCACGGCGGUUACCACGCGCAGCACGAACAAGCACGGCGACGAGCUCAUCGUCACCACCACCUCGCCGUACGAGCAAGCCGCCUUCGCCUCCAAGACCGACUGGCGGGUCCGAGCCAUCUCAGCAGGGAACCUCCACCUGCGCGUGGGGCACAUCUACGUAGCCUCGGACGACCUCCGUGAGACCGGCUUCACCUACAUCCUCCCUAAGAACCUCCUCAAGCGGUUCGUGUGCAUCUCGGAUCUGCGCACGCAGGUGGCGGCGUACAUGUACGGGGUGAGCCCGCCGGACAACCCCCAGGUGAAGGAGAUCCGGUGCAUGGUGCUGGUGCCGCAGUGGGGGACCCACCAGCAGGUGUACCUCCCCCAGCAGCUGCCUGAACACGAGUAUCUCAAGGACUUGGAGCCACUGGGGUGGGUGCAUACCCAGCCGAGCGAGGCGCCGCAGCUGAACCCCCAGGAUGUGACGCAGCACGCUCGGCUGCUGGAGGGGAAUCGGUCGUGGGAUGGGGACCGGUGCAUUGUCGUCACCUGCUCGUUCACUCCCGGAUCGUGUUCGCUCGCUGCGUACAAGCUCACGCCGGCCGGGUACGAGUGGGGACGGCAGAACAAGGACGUGUCGGGCAGUGCGCCGCAGGGGUAUUUACCGACGCACUACGAGCGCUGCCAGAUGCUGCUGUCGGAUCGCUUCCUAGGGUUCUUCAUGGUGCCGGACACAGGUGUGUGGAAUUACAACUUCAUGGGCGUGAAGCACUCGCCUGGGAUGAGGUAUCGGCUGUCUCUGGCCCCCCCGAGGGAGUUUUACCAUGAGGCCCACCGGCCGACGCAUUUCCUGGAGUUCAGUCAUUUGGAUGUGGCUGCUGCGGCGGCGGCAGCGGCUGAGGGUGCUGGGGCGAAGUCGGCGGCAGGGAGUGGGAAGGCUGCGGCUGGGGAAGGGGAGGAGGCGGACCGAGAGGAUGUGUUUACUUGA